UUCUGUUCAGACAGCCAGCUUGAAGUUGAAGUCGCUGAAGGUAUUGCUGAGGCAUUAAAGCUUCUGAAGGCAGAGUGGGCAAAGUGUUGAGAAGCAUUCAUCAACCCUAUCAUGCAGCAAGACAGCAGGGUGCCCGAAAUCUCAACCCCAUACCCUACAAUGCAGAAUACAUGGGUCAUAAGCUUCACUUAGAUCAAAAUGAAAAACUUGUUAUGUUUGGAGUGACCCAUGUCAUGGCUAUUGAUGGUUUCAGCAAGAAGAUUGUCAGUCAUUCCACCAUGCCGGUAAAAAACAACAUCAUCAUUUACGAGGAUGUGUACAGACCUGCUCUGCUUUCUUGUGGACUGUGGGAUCAGGUCAGAGUUGACUGUGGGAAGGAGUUUUACCUGGCACUGUUCAUCCAGGAAAGGCUGGCACAAUACAGAUACAAUUAUGAGAAUAAGCCGAGUCAUGCUGUUUUAAAAUAUGCACAGAACCAUGUGAUUGAGAGAAUGUGGUCAGAGGUAAAUGCCCGAGUCAACUAUCCUCUGAAGACUGCUUUGGUACAACUGGUGGACAUGGAGGAACUGGACAUGGAGGACAGCACAUCCAAGUACUGUGUGUCAAACUUGACAUGCCAGAUGGCCAGGAUUGGUAUCACUAAUGUUGUAGAGGCAUGGAAUGCACACAGAAUCCCAGGAAAAGGAAUACCAAAUGAACUGGCUAAAGGGGGGUGUCCUGCAAAAAUUGCUGAGGAACUUCUGCCUAAUGGUGCCGCUGCAGCUGACCUGUAUCAGCAGGAGGUGGGAUCAGCCUUGAAGAGAGAUUCCAUUUUUGGACUGGAGCCUUUCUCCUCUGAAGAAGCCAAACAGUGGACUGAAACAGAGUUUGGUUCUCAUUUUGACUUGUUUUGACUUUACCAAAACGUGGUUCAUCAUAACUAUGGACCCUUUAAAGAUGCUGUUAGGUUUCUUAUUGACAUCACCAGAUGUUGUGUGUGAUCCAUUAGUGGUAUUCAAUGAAGAAACGAGUAAACUUCUCCAAAAAAAAUUUAUUACAGAGAAAACUACAAGCUGUUUCAAUUUAUAACAGUUCAAAUAAUUUGUAUUUACAAUCUUGUUUCUGAUUGUUGGCAAUAAAGGAGAACUUGCAAUUCUC